AAGGCAGAAUAGCCAGUAUGUUAUGAUGCUUUGAUAAACUGUGGUGACAACAUGCUUUUUGUUUAUUUUACGUGUCUGUUUACUAAAGAGAUCAACAAACGCAAACGCUAGAGUAUCGAUCUGACCUCUUUUUUUUUUUUUUACAUCGAUCUGUAUCGCAGCCGCUCCGCUUUCGCGUCUUCGAUUUUACGUCAGCGGCGCGGCAAUUUUGAUUGUUAUACGGCAGCCGCUGAGAUGGACCAAAACAAAAAGUCCGCGGUUUGGAAGUAUUUUAAAACACUAAACCACAGCAAACUGGUAGCAACUUGCAAUAUUUGUCACGCGGAUGUUUCUCGUACUUCGUAUAACACCACCAAUUUAAUCGGGCAUUUACGAACCAAACACGAGGACGAGUACAUAGAGUUCAUGAAGACAACCACGGGUCGGAUAAUUGAAAAGACAGAACUCGUGUUACCGCGGGACAGCAAAAAGAAGAAAAGGUUUUCAAACCGGAAGGCUCCGGAUGAGCGACUCAUCGAUGCGCUGGAGAAAGUAGGAGUCCUUCUGAGGGUGUGGAGAAAACAAGCUUUAGAUUUCAACCACGAAGAACUUGGCGAGGAUUUACCAUUUCUGCAGACCCCAUCAAACUCCAACUAYGUCCCAGAUGCGGUGAUGCCGCCAGGCGAGCUGUGGCUCCAUGGAGGCCCCUCCCGGGCCGUGCUGUCCCUGCCUUCCUGUCUGUGCCUCUCCAGGCUCAGCGCACCCAGAAUCUCCGGACUGGGGCYUUCGGUCGAAGACCAGGGGGAGAUGAAGGUGUUUGCCAAGUGUCAGCUUCAGCAGGGGGUCAUGUUUGGGCCUUUUCUGGGAGAAAUGUGCAAAGGACAAAUGCCAAGCAACCUCAAAUAUGCCUGGGCUAUUCGAGAUGAUGCUGCUUUUACUUUUGUGGAUGCUUUCGAUGAGAACAAAUCGAACUGGAUGAGGUACGUGACGUAUACGAGUAGUGAGGCCGAACACAACCUGGUCGUGUUCCAGUUUUAUCGGCACAUUUACUACCGGGUUUCCCAGCCCAUCUCRGAGGGGUCAGAACUCAAAGUCUGGAUUGGGAAGGAUUACGCUUCUCUUUUGGGUCUGGGUUUAAGUGAUAAUGGGAAAUGUGAAAUUGGAGACAAGGAGACAGCUCUGCGCCUCCUGCAGGACAUCCAGCUGAUCACCCUCCCAGAACCGAGCAGCACCUCUCUUUGGUCUGACUGCAGCCAGUCGCAGAGCCCCAUGCCCAUCAUCAGUGAAGUGACGACCUUCUCAAACCCAGAAGCAGCCGGCGACCCGAGCCUGGUUCCCAACUCGACCUUCCCGUCCACGUUCUCCUCCACAUUCCCCUUGCUGUCCUCCAGCUCUCACGUGAUGGAGAAGUACGACUUCCUGCCCGGAACGGAGAAGCUGCUGACCAACCUGAACACCAAUCAGAACAGCCCCUGGCACUUCUUCGGUCUGGAGCCGGACCCRACCGGUCGGCCUCUGGACCGGAACACCGCGGUGUGCAAGCUGUGCAUGGAGCGAGUGAGCUGCGGAGGAGGAGGAGCAACGGAUCUCCAGAUCCACCUGACCACCAAGCACCACAUCAAACCCCGUGACAUCAGCAAGGAUCGCAGUGUGGCGACAGUGUCUCUACGAUGCGUACCACCGGUGAUCCCUCCCAGCGGUCUUGUUAGCUCCAGCCCCGCAGUGAUGCCGAUGCAGGUGACCCACGCCAUCGCCAACUUCCUGAUCCGGGACCUGCAGGCCCCGGCUCUGGUGGAAGGGGAGGGCUUCAAACAGCUGCUGCACACCGUCCUGCCCUCYUACAGGGAGACGCUCUCGUCCUGCCAGCUGGCAAGCCUCCUGACGGAGCACCACAUCCGGAGCAGGAUGAGCCUCCUGCAGCUGCUGAGGGGCAAGUCUGGUAGCGCYGAAGCCGAGGAGACGUGCGACUACACUGCUCCCAUUGAGUUCGAGCCCCGGAGGCGCGGGCGACCCUCCAAUCGUCAGAGGGAAGUGUGUCACUUGGUCACCCUGAGCGUGGACGUGUGGCUGCACAGCUGGCAGGGCAGCAGCCAGCGCUACCUCACCCUCUGGGCGCACUACAUAGAUCAUGACUUCAGUCCUCACAACCUGGCCCUGACCACACAGAAGCUGGCGGAGGGCAGAGGAAAAGACUUCAGCCUUCAWGCUGUGGAGGCGCAGGUGAAGGCGAUGGCACGGGAGUGGGGGGUCUCUCAACCCAAUCUGGUCCUCCUGGGAAUGGAGGGCAAAACCCCCACGAGGGUGGGUCUGAUCAAAAGUGAGAAGGGCGCAGAGCCCACGGGAAGCGUCCCCCACCCGAACUCAACGACGUUUCUAGAGCGGGACGACUCUGUGUCCUCCGAGGAGCCCCAGGCCUCCUCAGAGCUGUACAGCGAGGGUCUCCCGUCGCUUCCGUGUUUCUUCAGUGCCGUGCAGGGCUGCGUGGGCGAAGUCAUGUCCCACCCGGUCGUCUCAAAAACCCUGACCCAGUUCCAGAGUGUUCUGUCCAGUCUGCUGUGGCCACCCGCUCACAAGAAAGGCUUCUACCUGCACCACGUUCGGAAGCUGCUGCAGGCCCUGACCAAGCGGGAGCAGGCGGACGUCAAGUUGUGGGCUCACAGCCCGCCCCCCUGGAACUCUUUUUACCACCUGCUGAGCUUCCUCAGCAAACAGAAGAGUGUCAUCUGCGAUAUAAUCAAAGAGAUUAACGAGGAGAGCUCGAACAGGGAGGAGACGGCUUCAGAGCCGUGCAGCAGCUACCACGCCAACUCCACCUCCAGCACGCCGUCGCCGAGCCUCCCGACGCUGCGCUCCGAGUGGAAGGUGGUGGAGGAGCUCUGCCUGGUGCUCAAACCUCUGGACGUGGCCUGCCGGACUCUGGCCAAGGAGGCCUUCCCCCGUCUGUCCCUGGUCAAACCCAUCCUCACCGGCUUGCUGUCACGCCACCUCGUGCCGCGGCCGGGCGACUCCAGCACCUUGAAGGAGGUGAAGCGGCUGAUGAGGCGGAGCUUAUCCAGCUGUUACGACAACCCCGCCGUGAACAGGAUUCUGAGCGUGGCGUGCUCCCUCGACCCCCAGUUCCAYGGGCUGGGCUUCAUGGAGGAAAGGGAGCAGACGGACACGUUUAACUGGCUGAAGGAGGAGGCUGUGAGGAUCGUGAAGGACAACAGGAAGAAGAAUUUGCCUAAGACGCAUCGGAUCAAGAGAAGCUCCUCCCCUGCGUCGCCUGAGUCAGAGAGCGACAUCGUGCGGAGGAGCAAACGACUGAAGGAGUGCCCGCCCAUCAACUUCAGAGAGCUGGUGGUGGAAGAGGAGUUCAGCGACGCCGGGGAGGUGGAGGGAGACGACAGCGACUAUGUGGAGCCGAGCUCCGAGCCCGGGCUCUCCGGCAUGGAGUUCCUGCUGGGGGACCUGUUCUGCUCCGCCCCCCGGAGCAGGCUGAGYUCGGCGGAGGAGUCCGUCGACAUCGAGAUGUCGGUCUUCAGAGCCGACAAGGGGGCUUCGCUGGGCGUGGAGCCCCUGCAGUGGUGGAGGAGGAAGGCGGCACAGUUCCCCCUGUUGGCCUCGGUGGCUCGAGCCUACCUGGCCGCCCCAGCUGUGGCGGGCAGCGCCGCCCAGGACUUUGUGCACCGAGAGCAGGGAACCCCGCACAGGAACAGAUCGAACAUCCCGCCCGAGAGUUUGGAUGCUAUUCUGUUUCUGCACCACAAUCGCAUUUCUUCCAGCGAGAACGGGCCGACGAGUAUGCAGGAAUGAUGGAGGGGAAAAAAAGUCUGGACGUUUUAUUUGCAUGUUUAAAAAAAAAAAGACCAAAUYCACACAUUGUGAUUCAGUUUGUAGAAACAGAACCAGCAGCUGGAGAAUACRAAGUGCAGUACAAUCAGAGCGUUAUUCUCAACUUUAAUGUCUUUUUUUUCUCAACUAAAAUCCAACAUGUUCAAAGUUUAAAACAACUUUUAAUCUGCUUUUUCUAAUCGACGUAAAAUGAUUUCCCUUCAACAUUUAAAACAAAUAAUCUGUAUUUUAUCACUGAUUUGACCUUUUGUGUUCAUUCCGCUGUAGUUCCCAGUGCCUUAUUUCAGUAGUCCCACAUUAAAUUUAGAUUUUUAAUCUCUUUGUUUUUACCAGCUGAUCAUAGUGGACUGACAAAGGGCUUCAUGGGGGCACCUUGUACUGUUUGCCUGUGCUGUUUGUAUUUGUUUUGUUUUUAAUUACCCACUGCCAAGGAGAAUAGGCAACAAUGCUGCAUUUUCAACUCAAUUCAUUUUGAAUAUUUAUCUAACAUCUGCUGUGGCAGACAGUAGCUGAGAGUCAUCCUCAACACAUCAAGUCCCUUUUCAUCACAAGAUAUUUGCGUAAAAUGUUUUUAUUUUGAUUAUUAUUUUGCAGAAGUUGCUCAAACUUUACAUUAAAYUUUGUUGUAGCUCAAUCCACGAUUUAAAAAGACCAGAUAAAAAGGAAAAUAAUGAAAAUCUUCUCUGCUGGACUGAUUGGUUCCACUUUCUACACUGAGUUCAGUCUGUGUCAAACUCCUGUCUGUUCCUGAAUGUAAUAUUUUAAACCUUGUCUUGACAUCACUACUGAUUUUUUUCCUCUUAAAAGUAUAACAAACUUGUUCCUCACUUUUUAAAAUAAAAAAACAACCUAUAUUACUA